CUGACAGCGUAACCAAAGAAAAAAAAUAUAUAGGUUAUGUAUCGUCUAAAGGAGUCUCCGAAUUUUUACUAAUUUAUUGAGAGAUCAAAUCUUGCAUGAAAAAAAACGCGAGACGAUGUGAACACUCGAUCGUGUCGAUUCGAUACGCAAAAUGGAUCGCCGAUGUCGCACCCGAUAACCGGCAUAAAUAUCUGUCUUCGAGGAGAGGUUAAUAUUAGCCGACUACUUAUAAAAAAUGGCUGUGGAGUUUUUGAUAAAUCGACUCAAGGCUCUGCUCGUACUGCUUUUCGGGAUAUUUAAGCGUGCAAUGUGCUGUCUUCGACGUCGAAGAAGAUCAUCCUGCGAUUGCGAGCCUUUGUCCACGAUCGGUGUGAUACCAAAUGUCUUGACUAACUCAACGGAAUUAGAACAAUGGGAUAAAUGGGAGGAGAAUCCAGUUGUUGUUAUACCAGAUAAGCCAGUUAACACUGUACAAGCAAAGAUAGAGCAGUAUCGACAACAAGUAGUUAAACCUCCUGAAACACCAACUGAAGAACGGCUUAACUUUUUUGAAGACAUGACUCCAAGAAUCACUAGACAGACAAAAGUUCUAAUAAAGGAUAAACAUGGAAAUAUGGAUAGCUCGUCUCCCAAUGUUACAAAAUUCAUAGCUAUGGAUCCAGUCCCAACUAAUGAAUUGGAAGAAUGGGAAGAAAAUACUGCUGCUUGGGAAGUAGAUACUAUGGAAGAACUCAAUGACUCUACCAAAGCAUUGCGAGAGCAAAGAAGGAGAGAAAGAGAGCAAAGGUUAAUAGAGCAGCAGCAAAAAAGACUUACUGCAAAGGCACAACCCUUGGGUGCAAAAUUGUGUUCUUGAUGCAGAAUCAUAAAAAUGUGCGAUAUAAUAUCAAAAUACACAAUAAUAUACAAUAAUAUACUAAUUAAUACAUACUGGAUAUUUUUAACAUAGAAAUUAACUCAUUUGUAUUAACUCUCUACCGCUCAAUAUCUAUUGAGUCUCAUAUCAAUUUUGCUAGUGUUUCAUUUGUUUUGUUAUCUUUCUUAACCAGUAAUGUUAAAAUUACAAUAUAAAAAUUUAUAUUUUUUGUAUUUUAAAAAUAUAGAUAUUUAUUUCAACUAUAUUUGUCAAACUUUUUCAAAUCCUGAAAAACUAAAUAAAGCAAUAGAGAGUUAAUUUAUGAGUACAUUUAUUUUAAAUAGAAUGAUGAGAGAAACUUAAUGUGUGCAUUAAAGUAAAUAAAAUAAUUAAGUAAUUAAUUUUUUGUAAAUCUUUCUCAAUAUUUAAAUAUUUGUCAGUUUCUCUUAAUUAUUAAAUAUUUCCCAUUAAUAAUAUGAUAAUAUGUAAACAAAUAUUGCCAAUAUGUCUAUUUCUUCUAAAAAUGAUAAUAUUUGUAAACAUUCCAUAUGAAUUUUGUACAAUGUUAGGUGGGACGUAUUUAAGCUUUUGCGUAAGUAGAAUAACUAUUUUAUAAGUUUAUAAUAAGUCAAUGUAUUAACUACAAGUGGAAUUUAUCUUGUCACAAAUGUGUUUGUAAUUUUGACAAGUCUGUAAUUUUGGUGCUCGCAGAUUGAAAGAUAAUUUUGUGAAAAAGAAAAAUGUUAAUAUAAUAUAUUCCAUAAUUUAUUAGUUUU